GGGAACCAGCCGGGAGAGAGGUGGGAGCGGGACGAGGGCGAGGGCACGGCCGGGCUCCUAGCCGGCCGCAGGAGGCUCGCGGACGCAGCAGCCGCCGCCCGACCGCAGCUGAAUUCUGAAGAUUGGUCCAAGGGACUGUGUUAAUUUCAGAAAUUGAUUUGAAAGACGUUGGUUCUGCCACUUAACAGCCAUGUAACCUUGGCAAGCCAUUAAUAGAGGCAGCACAUAACCCAGGCGGCAAGUGUGGCCCCACCAAGCUCCUUUGCUGCGCAGGAACCGUACUCGGAAUCUCCGCACUGAUCGCCGGAGCUUUGAACUGUGUCUAUAUGGAAGAAAGCAGCAGUGUUGCCAUGUUGGUGCCAGAUAUUGGGGAACAGGAAGCCAUAUUGACUGCUGAAACUGUCAUCAGUUCAUCAUUGGAAAUUGAUGAACAAAGAAAAGUUAAAACAGAUCCAUUGAUCCAUGUUAUCCAGAAGCUAAGCAAGAUCGUAGAACAUGAAAAGUCACAAAAAUGUCUUUUAAUUGGGAAAAAACGCUCACGCUCAAGUGCUGCAACGCACUCUCUUGAAUCCCAAGAACUUUGUGAGAUUCCAGCUAAAGUAACCCAGUCACCUACAGAGAUCAGAAGGGCUGAGAUGUCACAGAUACAUUUUACCCCUGGCUCUCUUGUCCAGAACGAUGGGAAGACUAUGUCUUACCAGUGUAGCCUUUGCAAGUUUCUGUCAUCAUCGUUUUCUGUGUUAAAAGAUCAUAUCAAGCAGCAUGGUCAGCAAAAUGAAGUGAUAUUAAUGUGCUCAGAGUGCCACAUUACAUCUAAAAGCCAAGAGGAACUUGAAGCUCACGUGGUAAAUGACCACGAAAACGAUGCCAACAGUCACACUCACUCCAAAUCCCAGCAGUGUGUAAGCCCCUCCAGCUCUUUGUGUCAGAGGCCCACAGAAAGAAAUCAUGAAACCGUUUCUGAUGUCCCAGUGAGUGUGGACAGUCCACAAACUCACACCACCCAAAACUCAUCCAUGGCAGAAAUGGGUAAGAGGAAGUGGUAUGCGUAUGAACAGUACGGCAUGUAUCGAUGCUUGUUUUGUAGUUACACCUGUGGCCAGCAGAGAAUGUUGAAAACACAUGCUUGGAAACACGCUGGGGAGGUUGAUUGCUCCUAUCCGAUCUUCGAAAAUGAAAACGAGCCCCUAGGAUUGCUGGACUCUUCAAUGGCUGCUGAACCUGGUGGGGUGGAUGCAGUAGUAAUUGCUAUUGGAGACAAUGAACUGAGUAUCCACAACGGUCCUUCAGUGCAAGUGCAGAUUUGCAGCUCAGAACCACUGUCCUCUUCGUCUCCUUUAGAACAGAGUGCAGAAGGUGGAGUUCAUCUGACUCAGUCAGUUACCCUUGACCCUAAUGAGGAAGAAAUGUUGGAGGUGAUAUCCGAUGUAGAGGAGAAUCUGAUUGCUGAUAGUCUGCUUUCAUCCGCACAGAAGAUCAUCAGUAGUAGCCCAAAUAAAAAAGGUCAUGUUAACGUGAUCGUGGAGCGUUUGCCAAGUGCUGAAGAAACCCUUUCACAGAAACAUUUCCUCAUGAAUGCUGAAAUUGAAGAGGGAAAAAACCUGAGCCCGACGGAAUCCCAGAUGGGGAGUGAAGAAAGAGAUGAAGUUUAUCAUGCUGAUAAAUGUACUGUCAAUAUCGGGGGGCUGAUCAUAGGCUGGAGCAAUCCAGAGAAGAAGGACAGCGAGUUAAUAAACAAAGGUCUGGCUACUGAUGAGAACGCCCCGCCAGGCCGAAGGAGGACGAGCUCUGAGUCUCUCCGCCUACACUCGCUGGCUGCAGAGGCCCUCGCCACGAUGCCUGCAAGAGCUGCAGAGCUGACCCGGGCCAGCCUUGGGCACUACGGGAAUGUGAACCUUUUAGAUCCAGAUACCGGACAAAGGCAAGUGGAUGGUACGUUGGCAGCAUAUACUAAAAUGAUGUCGCCCCUUAAAAACCCUUCAGAUGGACUAACUAGUUUCAACCAAAGCAGCUCUACGUUGGUAGCACUCCCAGAGGGUAGGCAGGAAUUGUCGGACGGGCAAGUUAAGACAGGCAUCAGCAUGUCCUUACUGACUGUAAUUGAAAAGUUGAGGGAAAGGACAGACCAAAAUGCUUCCGACGAUGACAUUUUGAAAGAGUUGCAGGACAACGCCCAGUGCCAACCCAGCAGUGAGACGAGCUUACCGGGCAGCAGUGUGGUGGAGUACAUCCCCAAUGCCGCCCGGCCCUACCGCUGCCGGCUGUGUCACUACGCAAGCGGUAGCAAGGGCUACAUCAAGCAGCACUUGCGAGUCCAUCGGCAGAGACAGCCCUAUCAGUGUCCUAUCUGUGAGCACAGAGCUGACGACAGCAAAGAUCUGGAGAACCACAUGAUCAACCAUUGUAAAACAAGAACAUACCAGUGCAAGCAGUGCGAGGAGUCUUUUCACUACAAGAGUCAGCUGAGGAACCAUGAGAGAGAGCAACACAGUCUUCCAGACACCUUGUCAGUAGCAGCUUCUAAUGAGUCAAGAAUUUCCAGUGACACAGCUGAUGGAAAAUGUGUUCAAGAAGGGACUAAGUCUUCAGUACAGAAACAGUACAGAUGUGAUGUGUGCGAGUACACAAGUACAACGUACGUCGGGGUCCGGAACCACCGGCGGGUCCACAGCUCUGACAAGCCGUACAGGUGCUCUCUGUGUGGGUACGUGUGCAGCCAUCCGCCUUCUUUGAAGUCUCACAUGUGGAAGCAUGCGAGUGACCAGAACUACAACUAUGAGCAAGUAAACAAGGCCAUCAACGAUGCCAUCUCACAGAGCGCCAGAGUUCUGGGGAGAUCCCCGGGAAAGAUGCUCUCAAACAGCAUGGAGGAAAGAGCCGAUCCUGUCACUGGAAGUUCGGAAAAUGUGGCGUCAGCCUCAGAGCUGAUUUCCCAGGCCCCCGGCGAAGUUGUAGGUUCCAACGACAAUGAGAAACUGAGCCCUACCAGUAAUACCUCAUACAGUUUAGAAAAAAACUCCAGCUUGGCCCCUCCUGGCCUGGAGUAUUGUGUUUUACUCUUCUGUUGUUGUAUUUGCGGUUUCGAAUCUACCAGCAAAGAAAAUCUCUUGGAUCAUAUGAAAGAGCAUGAGGGUGAGAUCGUAAACAUCAUCCUAAGUAAGGACCACAACACAACUCUAAACCCAAAUUAGACUGAGUCCUUGAAGAGGAACACGGUAGAAGAGAAAUCACCUUUAAACCACUGUUCCACUUUGCGCUAUCAAAUAACUUAGUAGACACAGAAGAAAUAGUUGGUGUGGGGGUUUUUGUUUGUUUGUUUUGAGGAAAAGACAGAUGUGACUUUGGAACCAAGUUUGCAGUGUAAUAAAAAGAAUUCCAGAUGGGUAAGUGGGAAUGCUAUUUAAGUAUUGUGAGUGAGGGGAAGUGAGUUGAGGAGGAAGCAGAGAUGGAACCCUUUGUUAGCCCUGUGCCCUCUUCUUACCCUGUCACCUCCUCUUAGUGGUGCGGGUGUUUCUUGUUCCGAGCUUACUGUAUUACUCUAGUGUAGAAAUGCAAGCAAGAGUUCAGAAAGAGCUUUUCCAGAAGUGUUCUAAAACUUCCUGUCAUAAAAGUGUCCCGGCCUUAAGCAGAGCUUCAUUCUCUUCGUUCUGAACUCGGACAUGCCAGCUGUAGGGGCCGGGCCUCUCGAGAGGGGCGGGGGGCAGCUCUCUGAGGACUUUCCACUGUGACCAGCAGAGGCAGCACGGAAGGGGUCCCCGGAGGGCUGUGAAAUGAUCUCCCCAAACUGAUAGGAAUUAAUCAUAUACUCAAUCUAGGAUAUAUUUCUCCCUAAAAAAGAAAGAGACCUCUGAAUCCAAAUCUAGAUUGUAAAUAGGCAUUUAAGAAGUAAAUUAUUGUCUUAAAUUUACGGUGAAUGUCUUGUGGGCGAAGGAGAAAAUAGGUGAAUUCCCACCAGCCUCAAACCAAAUCUCAAGGUUCGUGAAAAUGGGGACUCAUUUAGCGCAGCACACUUCCCACACGCUUCCCAGAGGCCCUUUGCAGAGUGUUUGACAGAACACCGCAGUUUUCUCCAUGGUUACACAGGCUGAUGCUCUCUUCGGAACUAGACCAAGCGUGUCAUCUCAAAGGUCUGUUCAGGCAACCAAGUGUGAAGAUUCGCAUUUGAUCAUCAGAGCUCAGAAAUCCUCGGAACUCUUAAAAAUUUGGGGGUCGAGGGGGGAAAUUCAGAGGCCCCUUAAAAUGAGUACUGCUAUUGAGAUUUUACUGCCUGGAGUUUAUUAAUCUAGUUAUACUUAGCAUAAGAGGUAUAAUCAAAUGUGGCUAAACUAUAGUACCAAUUCAGGUUGUUUAUAAAACUUCUCAUAACAAACAAUUUGGCGCAAGUCUACAGGGUUACUGGUAUCUAGGAUAUUCCAUUGUGUUAGUGUGCAACAGGACAUACGGACAACCAACUACAAGUGCUUUUGCAUUAAAACUCGCCAUCAAAUACAUGUAAUCUCAUUAAUUACACAUUUUGUAUUAUAGUGUAUCUCAAAGUGAAGAGAACAGGGGUGGUUUUGGUUUUGCUUCCGUAGUAUUGAUCAUUUAUUUUUUUGUGUUGUUUUGUUGAAGUAAAUUCUGCAUACUAGUCAAAAGGCCGGUGCACCGAGGAGUGUGCCAUCUUCAUGGUGCUCUUUCUGAACUUGAUCUCUUAACGUGCUCUAGAGCUGAGGCUGUGACUCUGAUGAACUUGGAAGACAUUGAUUGCUCUCUAGACACACACAAAGAAUUCCCUUCCCCAAGUCCAGGUAUGGACUGAAUGAAUUGAUAUUUUUAAGAUAGCAUCAGGAACUAUUCAGUGGGGCCAGGCCAUCUUGAAACAUUGUUCAUUUUUUUUUUUUUAAGUCUUAUUUUGAUGAUGAUAUUUAAACAAACAGAAUCGAUUGUAAUUGCCAGCUGUUUGAUUUAGGUAGCUUUAUUUAUGAGUUAAUCCAUUUCUGAUAGGUGGUUUUUAAAAACAUAAAAUGAAUUUAUAUAUACUAAUUAUAUAUUACCCAAAUUCACUGCAUGUAGAUUUAUGCUCAUUUUCUCCUGUUUUCAGAAUUAAAACAAUUCUAUUUCAUGUCAUGUUUAAGUAAAUAUUUUAAAUGGUUCCAUUCUUACUGCUCAUUCUGAAAAUUAAAACCCUUCUUAGCAGAAUUUUUGUUUUAUAAAGGUUCCUUGGUAUUAACUCUAUGUAAUCAUUUGGAAAAUACUAAUAAUCAAAAAAAUCCCAAAAACAUUGGUAGUGAGUUUUUAAAUUAACCUUUAGUUCCGUAAACCAUUUCUAUUGAUUGUUACUUAAAUUUCCCAUUUGGAAUCAUGAAUUUAAAAUGUCCCUAGUUCCAAACCUUUAAAUAUUCAUCUGAUUCUGGCCUAAACUGUCCUCAGAAGCUUUCUGUAGGGCUUUGGGAAGAACCACAUACCAUGGGUGUUCUCUACCUUCCUGUCACAAUUUGGUAGCAAGCCUGAAGUUAACAGUGUCUCUACCAGGAACAAUUGAAUAUUUCUAAAAGUAAUAAUGAAGGCUAAGCAUGCAAUGUAAUUGUAAAGGAAGUAGGUAUUAAAAUCAUCGGCAAGAACUCCCUUUAUAGGAAUAACUAUUCGGUGGUACUAGAUCUUUUGCCAUAUAAAGCUCAUAGGAUUUGUUUCCCACUCUAAACACCUGGCAGUUCUAAGAUUUGAUAGUAAAAGUAGUUUUUAAAAGAAACUUACUGGAUAAGGCAAAGGUGGGAGGGGCGAAGACAGUGCAUUGCAUUCUGAUCAUCAUAGGUAACACGUUUCAGGGGUCAUCAUGUUCUCUCUCUAAUAGUCCAGGAUGUGGUCGGUGUCCCCAGUGUUCAGCGGCCCCAUGCCCGUAUUCCAGUGAUCCCUAGACUUUAGUUCUGUGUGCAGCCCGUGCAACCUAAGGACGCUGACAGGAGCUUCUGUUCUAGAUGUCUCAUCCUACUCGAGUAGCUACUGGUGGCUUCAUUGUUAUUUUCUCUGACUUUUCUCACAAGGCAGAUGGUGGGCACCCAUGUUUACAUUGUAUCUUCCCACAAUGUACUUGGCUUGACAAAGACAAGCAGGCUUCUCUAUUGAGACUAUUAUAUUUUUAGUUUUCAUGGACACUUAUUUAAUCUUUUUUUAUUGUACAGCAAGGUGCUCUAAGUAAUAUUCUAUAAAAUAUAUUUAAUAGAAAUUUUGAGUUUGAUAUUCAUGGACAUGAAUACAUGUAUUUUUUUAAGAAAUAAGUAUUGUGUAACACUAUGGCAUUGCUUCUAUAGCCAAAGUCUAAAAAUUUCUGGAACACUGACAUGUAAAGACUACAGUUAAUUCUGACACUGUAUCUUAUUAAAAUAGGAUGAUUUGCAUUCUGUAAAAUUAUCCUGCACAUCAAGCUGCAUGCCUUAAAGCCUAAAACUCGAGGAUCGUGUUCACGGUAGGACAGUUUAUCUGUUCAGCAAACAGUGAAGCAAGGUCGAUAGUGCUUCUUUAACUACCUUUGGAAAUACUGUACAAUGUUAGAAUAAUUUAUUUUGCUUUACAGGAGUUUGUCAUGUAUUGACUUUAAUAUUGUAUUUUGGUAAUAAAUUUUUUGUUAAAAACA